AUGUCCGGUUUAGAGCAAUCAUUAUUCCAGCUUAAAUUCACUGCCAAACAGCUCAACAGACAAGCAUCAAAAGCGGCCAAGGAGGAACAACAAGAAAAAGCCAAGAUCAAAAAAGCCUUAACUCAAGGCAACAACGAUAUAGCUCAACUCUACGCCCAGAACGCCAUACGCAAAGCCAAUGAACGGGUGAACCUAUUACGAUUAAGUUCGCGUAUUGAUGCUGUGGCAUCACGUGUCCAGACUGCCGUCACGAUGCGAUCAGUCACGGGCAACAUGACGCAAGUGAUCAGGGGCAUGGAUAAAGCGUUACAAACGAUGAAUUUGGAACGAAUAAGUUUAGUUAUGGAUAAAUUCGAGAAUCAAUUUGAGGAUUUGGACUCAGCUACGAAUUAUUACGAAGCAACGACCAAUAAUGUAAAUGCUGUCACGACUCCGCAGGACCAAGUUGAUGAUUUGUUGAAUCAAGUUGCUGAUGAAGCUGGUAUUGAAAUGAAACAGGGGUUGAAUGCGACACAGGUUGAAGUGCAGAGUCCUGUGUCUUCAACGGCAAUCCUGGAGGAAAAGGAAGAUAAAUUGGCGGAAAGAUUACGAGCUUUGAGGAAUUAA